AUGGAAGAUGAUUUCUCUUUUAGAAGGUUAAUUGGUAGGCUGAUCUACUUGACUAAUAUAAGGCCAGAUAUCACUUAUGUUGUGCAACAUCUAAGCCAAUUUGUUGCUGCUCCCACCUCAGUUCAUCAACAGCCUGCUGUUCGAAUUCUCAGAUAUAUUAAGAGAUCCCCAAUAGUAGGGAUUUUCCUUUUUGCUACAAGUAAAAUUCAGUUAAAGGGAAUUAGUGAUUGUGACUGGGUUGGUUGCAUUGACACCAGAAGGUCUAUCACUAGUUAUGCUAUGUACAUUGGUGACUCAUUGAUUUCAUGGAGAUCCAAGAAGCAAGCCACUGUAUCCAAAAGCUCAUCAGAAGCUGAAUACAGAGCACUAGCCAGUGCCAUUUGUGAGCUACAAUAG